CAAUCGGCCGAAAUUCACACAUGCGAUGCAUUAUCGGCCUAGAUGUAUGUUGCAAUGCUGUCGAGUUGCCCGAGGAUACUUUGGUGGAAAAACACAACUUUGACCGAACGGGAGAAACGUCUGUCAGGUUCAUGAAAUACUAUAGGCGCUCCAAGGACGAAGAAGAGCAAUCAAAGAAUGUCUGGCUGAAGGGACACACAGGUACCAUCACUGUUCUAUGGAGCCAGCCUAUCGGAGGGCUGCAAAUUCUGGCUCCCGACGGCAGAUGGAAAUGGGUCCGUCACAUCGACAACGGUUUGGUCAUCAACACGGGCGACAUGAUGACUUUCCUCACAAAUGGAUACUACAAGCCCACGAUCCACCGCGUCAUCCAGUCACCCGAGGACCAACACCACUACGAUCGUUUGGGUGCAUACUAUUUUGCGAUGCCGGACAAUGACGUUCGUUUGUUGCCGUGUGCUGAGAGCCCGGUGUUGCAGCGCGUUGGAAUUGAGCGGCAGUGCGCUAAUGAGGAUGCUCCGUCGACGACGUCGUAUGGGAGGUCUGAUCUUAAGAAGGGAGCGGAACAUAAUGUCGAGGAAGAGGUCAUCGAGGGUAUCGUGGUGAAGCAUUAUAACUGA